GAUUGCGCUGGUGUUAUACUGUAUCUAGCCGAAAAAUGUACGCAAAUAUGUUUGGAUGCCAUACAAAUACUUGGAGGAAAUGGGUACAUUAAUGACUACUCUACUGGACGACUUUUACGGGAUGCUAAGCUUUAUGAGAUCGGUGCCGGCACUAGCGAGGUUCGACGACUGAUCAUCGGACGAGCGCUGAAUAAGGAGUAUGGCCAAUAA